GGUUACAAGGCUUGUUUGCAAAUUAAUGGCUAAAUCAAUUAAAUGCAAGCAUGGGAUUUCUCUUGAGGAAAGUCUAGUCACGGUCGCAGGGAGAAGGGGAGGGGUUGUGGAGCAGGGAUGACAUAAUCACGUUUGCGAAUCACCAGCAGUGUGCAUGCUUUAAUCCAUUAAUGGGGUUUUUAUCUGUGAUCAUAAAAAGCAGGUUACAUUCAGCCUGGAAGGGAGCGAGGGUUGGAGGAGAGGGGAGGGGAGAGAGAGAAAGACAGAGAGGGAGAGAGAGGCAGAAAGCAAGGGAGAAAGAGAGCACAGUUCACUCGGUGGAUUGCUCGCAAGCUUGGGGCUGAUAAUUGGGGAUCUCAGGAGAGCAGCUUCUCAGAAUAACACACUCUCCUCAGAAUGGACCGACGGCAGACAGUGGUUCAGUCCUGCUGAUAUUUUUUAAUCCCUCCUUGCAGUUUGAUGGGCAUUCCCAGUGCUUUUGUGCACGUCUCGGGAAGCGUUGACGUGGAAAGGAGCAGCGAGGAGGGGGAGGUUGGAGGAGAAAGCUGCAGCUCCUCUAAAAAUACGGAGGGCAUGCAGGGGAGCGAGCAGGCUGGGGAGGAGGGCGAGGCGGGGGCACCUCGCACCAUGGUCCCCCGGUGCCGGCGCGGCGCAGUUUCGGAGAUGUCCCUGCUGUGACUGGACGCACCAUGAGCAUCUGGGAGCUGCUCCUGGCUUUCGUGGUGGUGGUGCUGAUGCUCGUGGCCCUGCUGGCCAACGUGCUGGUGCUGAUGUGCUUCCUGUACAGCGCCGACAUCCGCAAGCAGGUCCCGGGAUUGUUCAUCCUCAACCUCACCUUCUGCAACCUGUUGAUGGCUGUCUCAAGCAUGCCCCUGACCUUGGCUGGGAUCAUUUACAAAAGUCAGCCGGGAGGAGAUCAGGUCUGCCACGUUGUGGGCUUCCUGGAGACUUUCCUCACCACCAACUCCAUGCUGAGCAUGGCAGCUUUGAGCAUUGACAGGUGGAUUGCUGUGGUCUUCCCUCUAAGUUACCACUCCAAAAUGAGGUACCGAGACGCCGCUCUCAUUCUGAGCUACACGUGGUUGCACUCGGCGUCGUUCCCCAUAGUGGCAGCUUCUCUCUCCUGGCUGGGUUUCCAUCACCUCUACGCCUCCUGCACGCUCUACAACAAGAGACCAGAGGAUAGGACACAGUUUGUGAUUUUCACUGGGGUCUUUCACGCCCUCAGCUUCCUCCUCUCCCUGGUAGUGCUGUGUUUCACAUAUCUCAAAGUGCUGAAGGUGGCACGGUUCCACUGUAAGCGCAUCGACGUGAUCACUAUGCAGACCCUGGUGCUGCUUGUGGACAUCCAUCCCAGCGUGCGGGAGCGUUGUCUGGAGGAGCAGAGGAGACGGAGGCAGCGGGCGACCAAGAAAAUAAGUACCUUCAUUGGUACUUUCAUACUUUGCUUUGCACCUUAUGUAAUCACAAGACUUGUUGAAUUAUCCUCUGUGGUCCACAUCAGCUCCCACUGGGGGAUCAUUUCCAAGUGCUUAGCUUACAGCAAAGCUGUUUCAGACCCUUUUGUGUACUCUUUGCUACGGCACCAGUACAAGAAGACGUGGAAGGACAUCAUAAACAAGAUCCUCAAGAGAAGCUCCAUCAACUCCUCGGCGCUGGCGGGCGAGUCGCACAACCGGAACCCUCCGCAGCUGAACGAAUGAGGAGCCUGGUAUGGGACCUGUCAAGUGAUAUUUGGGAAACAACAGCAACUGGCCCACCCCUAGUAGCUCUCCUCAGCUGUCCAGGUUUUGGAAGGCGGCUGUGGGCAGGGUGAAGUCCAGACUGUGUCCCUCCAGCAGCCCAGGUAACAUCCAGGCUGCUCUGGACCUCCUCCCUCCGACUGGAAGAGCGCUAUUGACCCGUGGUCCUGCAGGCUCCACAAAUACAAAUCUCCCAUUGAUUUCCAUCAGCAGCUGCAUUUAGAGAUAAAAAAACAGUCCUCAGCAGAGGGAUUCAUGAAGGUAAUGGGGAGCAAUCUGCUGCUGGUGUAAGAUUAUUCUGAAAAGCUGCACAAGGAUAUUUGUGCUGUGUUUGUCGUUGGCUGCAGGUAAAGCUCCUUCUGAUGUAGCUGCCAACGUGGCUCUACAAAAACGACCCCAUCCUCGUGGCUUGAGAAGGUUGUUUGUAGAAAAUCUUAAUGGGAAAAGCUUAAAAAAACCCCAGUCUAAAUAUUCAUCCAGUGCCCAAUGCAGUUCAGCCUUUUCUGAUAUAUAUUUUAGGAAGAAUCACAUAGAAUUAAAGGAAGAGAAAAACUACUUUUGUAGUGUGCUGGAUUCAGCCAUGUCUUCUCUAAAUUUUUAAAGUUAUUUACAUAGAAUCCCACUAAUAUUCUCCCCAUUAAAUUUCAGGGAAAUACAAAUGGUAGACAGGGUGGAAAGGUCAGGGUGCCUCCUGCCUACCUUCCAUAUAUCUGAGCUCUUGAAUAGCUGGAUUUUGCCCAAAGCUGCAGAUCUGGGCCCUGUGCCCAGGAGGGAAAAUAAAAAAUCUCUUUUUCUGAGGAGUUAUUAAUCAUGGGUUUUUUUCCUACUUAAAGGAAAGAUGAGCCUAAAUCUGAGUUUCAAGUAUAAUUUCCAAAGCAAGUGGAGCACAAAUAAUAGGCCCCCCCUCUCCACCAUGAAAGUGGAGCCAAUAAUCUGAAUCCACAUCUGAAUGUGCAAAUCUCUGGAGGUGUCAGUACAAAUCUUUAUAGCUCUGGAUUGUAGUUCUGCAUAGGAACAUUAUUAACAUUUACCAUGCACUCAGAUGCCUGCCCAGAUUUUAAAACAGGCUUGGUUAAUUAGGCUUCAUGAAUGCAAUGGCAGCUUCAAUAACAGCUGGCACAACUGGCUGUACUGCCAUCCAUCCCUGCUCACAUCCCAGCUGUCAAUGCCAUUCUGAGGAAAUAAGGCCUCAAGUUGUAAAAAAUGUGGGAUUACUUUUUACUUGCCACCUUCUCCCAUGCAAGAGAAGGGCUUGGUAUGUUGCAAAAAAAAGUCCACUGUUGAAUUUUCUGGCCUCUGAUUCAAAGCCCAGCAUGGGGACUCCAUGAGGGGCUUCAUCCCAAAGUGAAUGUGGGGUAGUACCUCAGUUAUUAUCUGAACAUUAUCAGCUACCAUGUAAAUUAAAAUUUUCAGCUUAAAUCUUAAUUUCAGUUAUAAAAAAUACCAUAAUUACGAUAAAAUCCACACAUCAUUAUAGCCACAGAAUUUAAGAAAGCUUUUACAACACUGCAUUCAAAUGAGCCCUUAGCCAGGUUAAAUAGUCUACCUCAUCUUAAUAAUUUUGCUUCUUAGGCUUAACAUAAUUUUCUCAGGUGCAAUAGACAAAAACACCCAAUUCAAUACUUGUUUCUUAAGAAAUUCAAGACAUAUUGAUGAUUGGAUUGUAUUAGAAUACAGGAUGCUAGAAAGCUGAAUAUUAUUGAGUUUAAAAAGACAAAAAGCUCCAUAUUGAGCAUGUUUGACUUAAAUUGCACCAGGGAAGGCCACAGCUGUUGUAAACUUACACAUGGAGCUGAUGCCAAAGCCAAUGGGAGGUUUGUAUGAAUAAGGGCAGCUCCAGAAACAUUUAAACCUUCAAUUUCAAUUUUUAGUAAGCUAAUUUCCCAGGAGAAAAAAGCGUAAUCCGUUUAGGAUGUCUAGUGAAAGAUGGAGAAUACAGCACUGGACUUGUCUCAUUAUGCUUGUGUAUCACAGUCAGUCACUGAUUGAUUUAUAUCCCACCAUGAGCAAUAAAUCUCUCCCCUUGUAUGUGUUUAAAAAUUUGUCUCUCUUUCAUGGUGCCUUUCUUCCCUAAUUAAUCUUACAACAGAGAAUAUAUAUAAUUUCCCCUUCCUUGCAUCAGCUCUCUGUCAUAUUUUGACCAUCUGAAGCAAGCAGGAGUUGUAAAUGCUGAUGCUUGACAAACUGCCUCAGUACACGAAAUAAAAACACCACCCCAACAUUUCCUGAUGACAUUUUAUAGGAGACUCAAAAUAUGAUACUGUGGCUUGUUAACUGCUAGAUUUUCAGCUGAAUUCUUAUAGGCAACUGGCAAAAUUUUCUAAAAUGUGUGUCUCAGUGCUGAAUGUAGAUAUGAGUAACUUAUCUGUCUGCUGAGUAUUAUAUGUACUAUAUAACACUCUGACUUACUAGAGUGAGCUAAAAUCAUGCUGGUAAAUGUAAUGCACAGUAUUUAUGAUGUCUGCUCAUGAAGCAGAGCUGUUCUCUUGUCUAACACACAUGUGUGCAAGGGGGGGGUUGGGGAAUUUCCAUUUGUUGCUUAAAUAUUUUUUGAAAAAUUUGUCAAGUUUGGCUGCAACCUGUGCCCAAAGUCUGGAGCUGCAUGUGCAAAAUCUGGGCAGCUGCUUAGGCAAUAUGCAGAUUUCUGUUUGUUGUAUCUGUGACCCAUAUGCAAUAUCUACUCCUCACACGCAUGUUCAAUUAACAUUUCCUUCAUCUCUUGUGAAUUUGGCAGGCAGAGCACUGGCAGAUGAUUAAGAAAAUGUAGUCCACCACGUUGUUUUGUGGAUUCUGAGCUUUCUCCUUUGUUCAUUUGAACGGUUUUUACACCAUUUCAGAGGCCUGACUGUGAGCUGUGAUCCUGGUUUCUGUUGUGCUCUUGAGCCACUUUGUAUGUGAAGAUCUGGGUAAUUGCAAUUGGCAAAACAAUGAGAGAUUAAUAAGGGUUUGUUGAACAGUUAUUACGUACCAGGCCCUCUCUUGACAUAAAUCAAAAUAAUGGUGGUUUCACCUGAGGAUUGGGUCCAUUAGAUGAUUUUAUCCGGGGUUUAUAGAUUUCUUCUCUAUGUGUAGGGCCUUGUUUUUAUGGUGUUUACAAAUGGAAGGAUGUAAACAGGAUUUAGGGAGUUCCUCUGAUGUGCAAAUGCUCACUCCCAAUGUCAGGCAGCCACAUAACUAAUUCAGUUCUAUCCCUGUUCUUACACUUGGAGUAGAUGACCCUAAAAACCUCUUUUCAGUAGCCCCAAAUCAGACUUUUUAGAGCUUUCUUUAUGUCUGAAAAAAAAAAAACAAAAACAAAACACCAAAAACAUACAAACCUAGAGAUUAAAAACACUUCAGACAAAUCCUUAUGGAGCCUGAUGACUGCUGCAGCUGUAGCCACACAUAUCACAUCAUCCCAGACCAGCUGAGAUUGGAAGGAACCUCAAAAAGCCCCCAAAAUCCACAUCCCUGCCUCUGGCAGUAAUUUACCCUCUCAGUUUUGCCAAUGCAUCUAGGUAAUGAUCCUGAUCUACUUCAGGUCAACAGUAAAAUCUUCUGGCAAGGAUUUUUUUUCUAAAAAAUAACUUUGAGAAGACAUUUUAGGCUAAACUUAAAAAAAAAAAUUGAAAAUUUUAGUCAUUAUUUACAAAAAAACAUUUAGUUUUAGUCAUUUUAGACUAAGCUUCGAAAACGAGCUGUAUCAGAACAUCUUAAGAGGUUCCAAAAGUGAGAAAGUGAGGCAGGAAUGGAUGUGAAUGGGGUCUGGGAAGUCCAAACUGGCUUUGCUGCAAUGGUUUGGGACUCCUUGGCUGCAGUGAGCUUUUCCCAUGCCCUGUUUCCACCUCCCCAAGUCUCUCAGACCUUCACUCAUUCCAAAGAAAAAGGUGAAAAUCCUGUCAAAGCCCUGUAGCUGUGCCAUGGAUUGGGCUGAGGCUGCAAGAGCAGCGCAGCUGCCACAAGAGGAUCUUUCUGGGUUUGGGAAGACUCUCAUGGUCUUCAGAUGGUUUUUAUGGGAACUGCUCAAACAGUUUAAAUGACCAGAGAGUCUAAUUCAUAAAGUCCAAGAGGUUUAGGUCACUGGCAGAAUGGGAAUUUUUCAGGACCUACAUACCUAAGGUUUCACAGCUCCCUCACCUCUCUUAAUCCUAAAUGAAGUUUCUGAAUAUCUUGUCCUAUUAAUUUUUAUGUGUGCAGUGAAUAUCACUGGAAUAACACUUUGGAAAUUGCUUUUCUCUGCUGUUAGGUCUUUCUUCUCCUCACACUCUUCUGAUUAAACAAAGCUUAAAAGCAGAGACUUCACACCUCUGUCAGCUCGUUGUUACUUGACUAAAAAUCACUGAUGAGCACGGGAAGCUCAGUUAGCUCCUGACCCCAGAGGCACUGUGAGUUUGCUUUGCUGGAUUGUGAGAGCUGAGCACAGGUUUUUGUGUCUGCAGAAUCAGGGAUUAUGUCUUUGCAACCUCCCCAGACCUGAAUAAGUGAGAAUAAUGAUGUCGUAGCCUUAAAUCUAUUUAUUUUUAAUUUGCUUCUUGCGCUUUCAGCAUUCAAUAUAGUGAAAAUUUUCAAUGGGUGAAUUUUUUUUUUAGGAAAAACAUCCUGCUCCAAAAGGCAGCUGUCCCUUUUGGGAGGUAUAAAAGUUUACAUGGAGAAAAGAGCUGCUGCAGUUUUUAGUAAAACGUCAGCUUCUUACGUGUAUUCCUGGUGUGCUUGGUGUAAAUAUGUAUUUAGGAGUGUUGGUUUUUAAGCAAAUACUGCUGAUCUAUGAGCUGGAGAAGUUGCUGUAGUUUAUCACAUAUGUCUGUAUUUCUGAGGAGGAUUAGCCCUACAGGCUGCAAGUGCCCUUCAGAAAUGUGUGUGCCAAGAAGAAAAGCAUGAGGGGUGUGACAGCAGGGGUGGCAACUGAGGAGUAAAAUAACUUUUUUUUUUUUUUUUGGUUAAAGAAAUGCUAUUUCACAUGCUUUCAAUAUACCCAAAGGCACAAGUCCAUAUGGCUGAUUAUUUACAAACAAAGUCGUGCUAGGAAAAGGAUUUCCAUCUGGAAUUACUAGUGAGUCAGAGAAUCAUGGAGGGGUUUUGGGUUGGAAGGGAGCUUAAAUCCCAUCCCAUGCCACCCCUGCCAUGGACAAGGACACCUUCCGCUGUCCCAGGCUGCUCCAAGCCCUGUCCAACCUGGCCUUGGGCACUGCCAGGGAUCCAGGGGCGGCCACAGCUGCUCUGGGCACCCUCACAAGAAACAAUUCCUAAUUCCCAAUAUCCCAGCUAAACCUCUGUCAGUUUGAAUCCAUUUCCCUUUGUCCUGUCACCCCCUGCUCUGGUCCAAAGUUCCUGUCCGUCUUUCCGGCAUUAGAAAACUGAUUUCUAGUCACUGUAGUUCUACAAUUAGAGCUUUAAAACAAAUGUUUUUUAAAAGGCAUACAAAGAGCAAAACAAUCAGAAGUCCCCAUUCCCUUGGGAUUUGGAUCCAGUGGUUUUUAAUGCAAUGCCAGAGCAUCCCGGUGAGGUUUUAGUGGCAGUGCAGCAGGUCUGUGGUGCAGAACUGGCUGCAGCCUUCCCCCUGCUGCCCUCCCCACUCUCCUGCUCUGUAUUGCACUCUGAGCUCUUGAACAAAAACUUCAAAAAGCCCUGUCAGAUACCAAAGUGUUUUAAUUUACCUCCUAACCACUAAUUCCUUGUGCAUGGACGGUAAACUCUUCUGUUUUGCUAAUGGGAUCAACGACCAACAGAGGGGUAAAAAAAUACAAAGGAAGAAAUCUCAUUAAUUGAGUGACUUUUGUGAGGAAAGUCAGUGAAAUGCUCAGUGCCCUCAACUUUUGACAAGGUUGGGGACAAGUUCUCUGUGCUUUGUGCCCAGCCUCAUUUGAAAAAUAGUAAAAUAAAGCUACCUGCAUCAUCCAGACUAAAGAAUGGGUCUUUUUAUACCAGAAACCAUAGGGCUUCCCAGACAGAUAUUUGAAAACUAUUAUCACAUAUUGCCUUGGAAAAUAGAAAUAGGUAACUAAGAGGUGCCUUGAUUAACUUUAUUUGUACACAGGGCAUUUUUCUAAUCCUUAGCAUUUUUUUUCCACUGCGUUUUUAUUUUUGAAGAUUAUUUUAGGAUUAAAAUUUCCAUAUAUUUGUCAAUCACUAAUUGUUCCCCUCUGAAUUCUUGCAGGAAUGUAACUUAUUACCAAUCCUUCCAGGUGCAGUGGGAGAUAAACUUUUGUCCCUAGAUUAGACUAUUAGAAGAUUAUUUGAUUUUUUAAAAAGUCAUUAGGAGCUGGUUUUACAACUCCUUGCUGCAAGGACAGUGGGGUUGCUUGGGUGAGUAAGAACCAUUUAUAUAAUGAGAAGUAUAAAAUGUUCAGUCUACGUAUUUAAAAUAUUUAUUUUGUUUUGCAAAUAUUGAAAAUAGAUGGUUUCCUAUUUCUAAAAGCACUUAGAGCCAGUCUGAAGGAAGAUAGUUAUGAAAUAACAUUUACAGCUGCUGUAGAUAGGGCAUGUUUGAUUAUAUUAUUAUAAAUAUGCCACUAUAAUUUAUUGCAUUUAACUUUUUUUUUUGUAUAAAAAUGGGGUCUAAUUGCAGGGGUUAUUUAUUUAGGGGGAAAAUGAGAAUAUAGAUGAAAUCUUUCUAAGGUGCAUGGAGAAAGGGAUGCACAGACCUCUUUGUAAUGACAACACACUUAAGAGUGCCAUGAGUUAACAUAGAUUUUAGGGUCCCAGGUGAGCUAAACUCUGAGUCUCCUGAGAGAUAUUCCAGAGAAACAAAUCCAUUAAUGCAAAGGCAGACACGUAAAAUUCUCUGUGGCUACAGUUUAAAGGAGUGCAACAAAAUAAUUAUUAUUCCUGAGUUCAGAUUUUGAAUAAUGGGGCCUGUGCUGUCUGUUCUAUUUACAAUGGCUUGUGCUUUGUGGAUACAUAUCAAAUGUUGUAAUAUAUUUUUAUUACAUAGAGUUAAUGGUUAAUACAAAGUGAUAUAUAUAAAUAAAUACAUACUAAAUCUGUAUAUUGUGAUUUUGUUAACUUCACUGUUAAUGAAAUGUGAUUAUGACAAAUGACUUGGCAUGAGCUAUUUUUUAAUAUAAAAUUAAUGUUUUAAAAA